CGCAGCGCUGUGCAUCGAUAGAACGAAGCGAGGAUUGGUCGAGAGCGCGUAGGAAGAGGACGAGGCAAGCAGAGCCGUUCGUGUAUCGUCCAAGUGAGAUGAGGUUUUCUCCAGUGUCGCGUAGAGUGUAGUGUGUCUCUCGCUUACUUCAUACCCCCCUCCGUAUUUCUUUGGCGCGUCGAGUGUGCACAGUGUGCGUUGAUGUGAAGGUGUUCCGGGCUUCUUCUUCCCGAUGACUAAGGAGUACAUUUAGUGCAAGGACUGAGAAUACCUGGGAGCGUUUGAGAAGUACAUCCCCCGAGACCCCCCCAACCAAAAUCACACGCCUAACCUCUCCCCUGUCCUUAUCCUCUUCCGUACCCUUUCCCUCCGCUAACUUCGACAAGAAGACGUCUCAUCACAAGAGUAGCAGCCGUGAACAUCACACCAUGGACAAUAUGGAUAAUAAGCCUGCCCUCAAUGAUGACCCUUCAGUCACCUUGACCAUUCGCCUGAUUAUGCAGGGCAAGGAGGUAGGAAGUAUUAUUGGAAAAAAGGGAGAAAUCGUCAAAAGGUUCCGCGAGGAGUCCGGCGCAAAGAUCAACAUAUCCGACGGAUCAUGUCCCGAACGAAUAGUGACCGUAACCGGGCCAACGAAUUCAAUAUUCAAGGCGUUUACAUUAAUAUGCAAGAAAUUUGAGGAAUGGUGCUCCCAGUUUCAUGAUAUCCAGGGUGGUGGAGCCGGUGGUGGCGGUGGCGUACCAAGGCCACCUAUUACACUGAGACUAAUCGUACCAGCUUCUCAAUGCGGUUCACUAAUCGGUAAAGGUGGCUCGAAGAUCAAGGAAAUUCGUGAGGUGACAGGAGCCUCUAUUCAGGUCGCCUCUGAAAUGUUGCCGAAUUCGACGGAACGAGCGGUCACCAUAUCGGGCACGAGCGAAGCCAUUACGCAGUGCAUAUAUCACAUCUGCUGUGUUAUGCUAGAGUCCCCUCCCAAAGGUGCCACGAUCCCUUAUCGCCCCAAACCCCAAGUUGGUGGGCCACUGAUCCUGGCUGGUGGGCAAGCCUACACCAUCCAGGGUAAUUACGCGGUGCCCGCCCACUCGGACGUAAGUACAGUAUUGCCAUUGCCCGCGCCCGCUGCCGGGCCCACCCCGCCCUCGCUGAAUACCCAAACUUUGACUACCUCGCCCUUCGCGGCCCACCCCUCCUCAUCUGCCUUUACCGCUUCUCACGGUCAUCCGCUCCUAUCAACCGCCCACCUUACCAGCCCACAUCAUCCUCUACACCCAAGCCCCUUACACGCCAGCGUGGCAGGCCUCGCCGACCCCCUGCUGAAGAGUGGACACUUGCAGGCAGCCCUCCCGCCCGCACACCUCGUGGCAGACGCCAUGGGCAAACUUGGCAGUAACCCAUUGGCUGGUUUAGCAGCUUUGGGACUUGGUAGUCUUGCCACUCCUGCGAACACUGGUGGAAUUAACCCAGCAGCAUUGGCUGCAUUAGCUGGUAGCCAAUUACGUACGAACAACACGAACAGGCAACAACCAGCGGCAAACAAUCAGACGCACGAGAUGACGGUGCCGAACGAAUUGAUUGGAUGUAUCAUCGGCAAGGGUGGUACCAAGAUCGCUGAGAUACGUCAGAUAUCUGGUGCCAUGAUAAGAAUAAGCAACUGCGAGGAGAGAGAGGGUGGUGCCACGGAUCGUACGAUCACCAUUACAGGAAAUCCGGAUGCCGUUGCGUUGGCACAAUAUCUCAUCAAUAUGAGUGUCGAACUGCAGAAAGCUAACCUAGAGGCCCAAAAUACCCAAACCCCUGGCAGCGGUACCACUCCCGGGGCAUCCGGGGCCAGUGCUUCCCCUUCUACUACCACUACCACUGCCUCUCCCUUGGCCAGCGCCAUCCCCUUGGCUCAGCUGCUAAGCAAGCCAGGAGCCCUGAACGCCCUAUCCAGCCUGACCGCCCUUGGCGGACUCACGGAAUUGCUAGGUGGCGCUGCUGGCGCCGCCGCCUCGGCGCUACCUGUACAGACGACAGGUGUUCACCGAUCGCAUAAGGCAUUCACGCCGAGGAUGCGCAGCCCGGGUGCGCCCGGACCAACCGACAGCGGCAAAUUCAAAUCAGAGCGCACCAAAUACAACCCGUACUGAGUGGCUGCUAACGAAGAUCGCCAAAGGAGUGACGAUGACCUCGCGGGAAUCUAAUUUUUUUUUUCUUCAUCGCGCGUUCUCAUCUUUAAUAUGUUAUACGAAAGAAAGAAAUGGAGAGAGUGAGAGAGAGAGAGAGAGAGAGAGAGUGUG